CGUGCGUGCGCCGGCAUUGUGUGCGUGCGUGCACCGGCUGCUGGUUCACACGGCGGUGUUACAGUCACACUGAAUGACUGUAGCGCGAGGCGGAGGGAGACGGAGACAGUGGACCGCUUCUCGCGCGCCGCUCCUCCAUUGAAGCACUUUCCAGCGGACCGCAGCGGAGCGGCGUCUUUCUUUGGGCUGCUGACGAAGACGAGUGAAAUAGAUGAGUUAUGUAAGCCAUCGUGUUUUGACUGAGACGCAGCGACAUGAAAAUAACAAAACCCUGUAGUGCUGGGCGCAGAGCGUUAUGGCUCAGACGCUGCAGAUGGCGAUCCCCAACUUUGGCAACAACGUCCUGGAGUGUCUGAACGAGCAGCGGCUGCAGGGCCUCUACUGUGAUGUCUCCGUGGUCGUCAAGGGACACGCCUUCAAGGCCCACCGCGCCGUGCUGGCAGCCAGCAGCUCGUACUUCCGGGAUCUGUUCAACGCCGGCGGGAAGAGCUCGGUGGUGGAGCUGCCCCCGGCCGUGCAGCCGCAGAGCUUCCAGCAGAUCCUGGCCUUCUGCUACACGGGCCGCCUCAGCAUGAACGUGGGGGACCAGUUCCUGCUCAUGUACACCGCCGGCUUCCUUCAGAUCCAGCAGAUCAUGGAGAAAGGAACCGAGUUUUUCCUUAAGGUCUCGUCCCCGAGCUGUGACUCCCAGGGUCUCCACAGCGAGGAGACUCCGCCCUCGGAGCCCCAGAGCCCCGUCACUCAGACGGUGGGCGGCGGCGCCGGGCGGCCCGCCUCCUGCCUGACGCCGCUGCCCCUGGUGUCCAAGGUGAAGACGGAACAGACGGCCUCCACGCCGCAGCCCGCCCCCCAGCCGCAGCAGCAGGAGGGCUCUCCCUACUCGGUGGUCUGCACCCCCGUCGCCAAGCGGCUAUGGGAGGGCGGCAACCGCGACGGGGGAGGGGGGUCCGGCGGGGGCGGGGGAGGCGGCAUGAGGAAGGCGGCGCGCUACUCCUCCUCCUCCUCGUCCUCCUCCUCCUCCAACACAGUCGCCCAGGACGGCGCCGGCCGCGGCCCCGCCGCGCCCGGCGGGGGCGGCGCCGGGCUCAACAGCAACCACAACAACAACAACAACAACGGCGGGACGCCCGAGGGCACGAGCCCCGGCACGCUCAGCAUGUACACCAGCGACUCGCCCAUCAGUUACCACGACGACGAGGAGGAGGACGACAUCGCCGACGAGAGCGCCGAGGAGCAGUACCGGCAGAUCUGCAACAUGUACACCAUGUACAGCAUGCUGAACGCCGGCGCCGCCGUGGUCGGCGAGCGGGUGGAGGCCCUGCCCGACCUGGCCCCGGACUCGGUGGGCGGGCGGGGCGGCCGGGGGGGCCGGUCCCGGCAGGACCUGGCGUCGCUGCCGGCCGAGCUCAUCAGCCAGAUCGGGAACCGCUGCCACCCGAAGCUGUACGAGGAGGGCGACCCCGCCGAGAAGCUGGAGCUGGUCAGCGGCACCUCCGUCUUCAUCUCGCGCGCCCAGCUCAUGAACUGCCACGUCAGCGCCGGCACGCGCCACAAGGUGCUGCUCAGACGCCUGCUGGCCGCCUUCUUCGACAGGAGCACUCUGGCUAACAGCUGUGGAACCGGCAUCCGCUCAUCCACCAACGAUCCCAGUCGCAAACCUCUGGACAACAGAGUGCUGCACGCUGUCAAAUUCUACUGCCAGAACUUUGCGCCGAGCUUCAAGGAGAGCGAGAUGAACGCCAUCGCGGCCGACAUGUGCACCAACGCCCGCCGCGUCGUCCGCAAGAGCUGGAUCCCCAAGCUGAAGCUGCUGAUGGCCGACACGGACGCCUACUCCGCCUUCCUGGCCGACAGCGUGAAGAUGGAGGCCGACGGGCUGGGGGCGGAGCAGGGCUUCGACCCCGCCUCCCUGGAGGCCGUGGCAGCGGCGGCGGCGAGCAACAGUAACGAGGCGGGGGGCGGAGCCGCGGCGGCGGCGGACGCCCUGCAGGGGGCGGGAGCAGACGGCAGCACUUUGUUUUGAGUGAGUGAACGGACAGAAAGACGGGGACGGACGGACUGAUGGACGGAGACGUGUUUCUUCUCUUGCACCUCUUCCUGCUUUUU